AUGACUUCGCUCGAAUAUCUCGAUCUUUCACAAAACUCAUAUAAUUCUUCGUCUGAUUUCAACCCUCGAUUUCUUCUUCCAAACAACGUUGUACACGUCGACCUCUCUUCCAAUAAGCUUUACCACGACACAGAUUGGAUCUCUGAUUUACUAUCGGACAAAUGCAGCUUGAGGUCAUUGCAACUCAAUGAUAACCAACUCUACGGGGAUAUUUCGAGAGUCAUUCAAAACUUGACCAGGUGUUGGAUUGACAAAUUGGAGAAUCUAAAUUUGCGAGUGUUCUUCUAUGAUAGUGAAUGGAGGUCGAUGGUUUUGAAUCAAGUGAUGAAAGGCGUACAAAUGGAGUACACAACUGAUUCAAAAUAUGUUGUCGAUUUGGAUCUUUCGAGUAAUUAUUUUGUCGGAGAAAUUCCAUUGGAGCUAACAAGGUCUUCUGUCUUAGUCGGUCUCAAUCUGUCUCGUAACCACCUGAGAGGGAAAAUUCCAACCAAAAUCGGAGACUUGAGGUUGUUGGAGUCACUCGACCUUUCGAACAAUAAUUUGGUCGAAGAAAUACCCGAAAGUGUAUCGAAUUUGAUGUUUCUCAACUAUUUGAACUUGUCCAACAAUAAUUUGUCGGGACGAAUCCCAACAGGGCGUCAGCUACAAGUGCUCAACGACCCUUCCAUAUAUUUUAGAAACCUUAACUGUGUGGAUCUCCAUUAA